AAGCUCAUUCUCGCGCGAGAGAUCCAACGGAUAAGGUGGAGCUUGAAAAAGGGUGUUUGUGCUCAGAGAUAAUUUAUCAAUUUCUAUUAUAUUUUUGAAAGCGCUCUCUUCGCAAUCACAUUAUCAAAAUGACUAUCACACUGCCACCUCUUGAAAAGGAUAACCAACCACCACCACCAAAUCCAUUGAAUGUACUCAACUUACUUCUCUCGAAACUUAAGGCGAUGGAAACGACAGACGCUACAGGAGCAGGAGAAGUCACAGAAGUCGAUGUAGAGCUCUGUAACAAGAUUUACUUUAUUUUAAAUCCAUCUGCAGCGCCACCCGCCGACGAGGCAGCAGCGGCACCACCGGCCGAAGGUGAAGCGCCAGCGGAAGGAGGCGAAGCCGCCGCACCAGCCGAGGGUGGCGAGGCAGCGCCGGCGGAAGGAGGCGAAGCCGCAGCACCGACCGAAGGUGGCGAGGCUGCUCCAGCGGAAGCUGCAGCCGCGCCAACGGAGGGCGAGCCGGCUGCCGCCGCCGAUGCACCGGCGCCAGAGGCUGCGCCGGUCGUCGAAGCUGCUGCGUAAUCCUCGUCCGAUGACUCUCACUCUCGUAUAUUGUAUACACACACGCACCGUUUAUCAUACUUGUCUCGGCUCGGCAAUUGUCGACAUUCAUUCGAGCUGAGGAAACCAUACAGGCACGCAUCGAUUUAUUUAUUACAAUAUACACAUGGAUGAAAUUUAAUCAACAAAUUUAUGGGGAGAAUAAAAAUUUGAAAUUUUAUAUAUUAUUAUAAUACGUCUGCGUAAUCUGGAGGAUUUGUUUUCAAAUUUUAUGUGGCUGGAUUCCUUUUUACUCUGUACGUUUAUAAUUUGCAACGCCAAAUUAUGUAUACACUAUUUAUACGAUUAUUCCUUCUUAUGUGAAAAUUCUCGACUGUUUCGAAACAUUCAUCGAUCUGUUCAUUUAUACAUGCGCUCUCACAUCAAAAGUUCACUGUAAUUAAUGUUUAUUUAUUAAAAUGUUGAAAAAUAAAAACAAACCGACUGAAUCUCA